AUGGAACCAAUAAGCACUCCGUUCACAGAGAAACUCAACAUCCCCAGUCCGAUUGUACUGACGCCUAUGGCUUUUGGUGCCCAUCCAAGCAUGGCUGCCAUAGUCAGCGGUGCCGGUGGAUUUGGCUUCGUCCCCGUAGGUUUGGACACCGUGGAUCAAAUCCGACAGAACCUGCGGGAUGCGCGCAAAGCCCUUGCUGUCCCUGAUGGGGCCCCAAUUCCUGUCGGGGUCGGUUUCGUCGGCUGGGUACUCGACAUUACUGAGGCUUCUGACACUCCUCUCAUUCCUGCGGCGUUGGCCGAGAAACCAAAAGCUAUCUUGUUUGCUUUCGGCGCCGACCUAGGGAAACACAUUGCUACUGUGCGGAAACACGAUGCCAAGCGGUCAGACCGCCUUCAGACACUGAUUUUCGUUACGGUCAACUCCGUUGAAGCCGCGCUUACGGCCGCGAACGAAUGGAAGGUCGAUGUUAUCGUUGCUCAAGGUAUCGAAGCUGGAGGGCAUGGAGGCUCAUUUGCCCCGCCACUUUUCUCCCUUGUUCCAGCGAUCCUCAGUGCACUUCCAGCAGGCCACCCACCAGUACUUGGUUCUGGGGGCGUCUCUACGGGUGCGCAAGUUGCGGCCUUGCUUGCCUUGGGAGCAGCGGGUGCCGUAGUUGGUACCCGGUUCCUCUUCACGCCCGAAUCCGUUUACACCAACGAAAUGAAGGCUGAGUUGGUCAAAGCAGACUUCGGAUCAACUACUCGAGGAAUGAUGUUCGACGAAGUUAUGGACACGAUGGGAUGGCCUCCCCACCAUGACGGACGCGCUCUUAUCAACGAUAUCGUACACGAUAGCCUGAAGGGCGUGAGCCUCGAGGAGAGGCAGAGGCUAUUUGCGGAGGCCACCGAGAAGAAGGAAACCAACAGAUCUAUCAUGUGGGCUGGUAUCGGCGUGGGGAUGACAAAGGAGAUCAAACCUACCAAGGAUGUUCUUUUGGAAUUGCAUUCUGAUGCAGUCAAAGUACUCAAGGGGAUCCCAAAAUUGUUGAAGCAGUGA